AUGAGGAGGAGGAGCAGACUGAGAAACUCGGGCACAUGAUGAGGAUGAGGAUGAGGAUGAGAGUGACUCGACAUUCAGGUGCGGCGGCCUCGAAUGGGCGGAUCUGAUCUCUGCGGCCGCUGGGACACUGACCGAACUUCCCCUAACACUGGACUACCCGGAUCCCGGUUCUGCCUGCGGGACUAACUCGACACAGAAGCCGUCAAACUUGCCAAAAACUUCAGCAAAGUCUUCCGGAUUUGCCUUCGGCGUGUUAGGAAUACGGGGUUUAAAGUGUUUUCGGAUUUGGGUUUCAAGGGGACCCACAGGUACUUACCUCACUUCCGGCUUGAAUCUGCAUUCCUGCAGUGUCUUGGAAUAUCCGUGAUCUUUCAAAGGGAGGGAAGCUACCAGCCCCUGCAUGCAUGCAUCGGUUUAAUAGGCGGAAUGGGAUUGUUGUGACGAGAUGCCAUCUUCAUAUCUGGAUGAUCGAGAUUUGGAGACCAAACAGCUUGGAUCUCAUACAAACUGUCCUGUUUUCCGUGUGAACUGGUUCCUGACAUACUCAAAACCUGUUAUUAUGAGCCCCAUCAACGAUUUAAAGAAACACCCGCUUUGAGAUCUGAGUAAUUUGAGACUUAACCACAACAAAGUGGUAAUGUGUUUGCACUUGUGGGUGAGGUGGCAAAGAGUAAAUUCCACAUAGAUUUUAACUGUGAGCCCUAAUAAGAAAUGGAAAAAUAACUGGAGAUGUAAAGUCUGUUUUAAGAUAAACUAGGAAAAUUGCACUGAUUCAUUAAUGGAAAUACACUGAAAUCAAACUGGUGAAUCAUUUUACGCUUGAACUCGGAUGGAAAACUGGAUACACAAUCACAUAAUGCUUGCAGUUGUUUGUUCAAAGCCAUCUGCCCUAAACUUCCUAAUGCUUUAAGACACUUGAUAAGUGACAGAAGUUGAAAGUUCGUUUCAUGAGGAUACAUUUUAAAGGGAAGAAUGGCAGGAAAAGACUACCAUCAUCUCUUCAAGCUGCUCAUCAUUGGUGACUCAAAUGUGGGAAAAAGCAGUUUGCUCCUACGAUUUGCAGACAACUCAUUCUCUGGGAGUUACAUAACCACUAUUGGAGUUGACUUCAAGAUCCGCACUGUAGAGAUUGACGGAGAAAGAGUUAAACUCCAGAUCUGGGACACUGCGGGGCAGGAAAGGUUCAGAACCAUCACCUCAACGUAUUACAGAAACACUCAUGGUGUCAUCAUUGUUUACGAUGUCACAAACCCUGAAUCAUUUGUCAAUGUGAAAAGAUGGCUAAAUGAGAUCUCGCAAAACUGUGACAAUGUCUGCAAAAUAUUAGUGGGAAACAAGAAUGAUGAUCCUUCAAAAAAACUUGUGGACACCCAGGAUGCUAUGCGCUUCGGAGAGACCGUUGGCGUGAGGUUGUUUGAAACUAGUGCUAAAGAGAAUAUCAAUGUAGAAGAGAUGUUCAUGGCUUUCACCCACAUGGUUCUUCGGGCCAAGAAACAGAGCCAGAAUCGAGCAGAAAGAGAGAGGGAGAGAGAAAAGGACACUGUCCAUAUCAAUUCCCACAGGGACAGGGAGAGGAGGAAGAAAGGGAAGAAAUGCUGUUAAAGCAGACAUGUUGGAGGAAAUGGAAUUAUGGACAAAUGGAUCACCUUUGCAAGUUUUCAGCUCAGAAAUGUGACUGUUAUUAUGUUAACACUGCAAUUUAGAUGAAGCCAAGAGGAAUUAAAAUAAUUUGCUAUUA